ACCGUUACACUUCAUCUCGUUUGACGCAGUUUCGAUAGCACUAAGAUAUUCUGAGCGGAUUCCCCUUUCAUGUGUAACUGAUGCUAUUCGCGGCUGCCCAUCUCUUGGCGUACAUCGAGGGACUUUGGGCUCUAUUGCAUGAUCAGUCUAUCAUAGUCUCUUUCAGCUACUCGCACCCUUGUUCUUGGCGGUCGGAGACAUCUUUACGCUUAUAUGGCGUCUACCUAGUCCUGCUAUUUCGAGGUAGUUUAGGAGAUGGCCUUAUUAGUAGGCGGACGAGUUGCAGCCGAAGUAAAUCGCCCUUCUUUCGCAGGAGUAGCAAGGGUCCAACGGGGUACAUAUGAGCGGGACGGCUUUCCUUUCCAAGUCGUUUACUUUUCCUAAAUUUCUGUCGGUAGGUAUUGCGCUACCAUUUGUUCACUUCAGUGACGCGGCUCCCUUUGCGCUUUGUUUUUGAGUUCCUUUGUAUGCCAUGAUGGAGCAGCCGUCGGUGAAAUACUCCAACCAGCGGGUUCCCGGGAAAGAGCACAUCCCUCUUUAUCCCAAAGGGUUUGUUGCGAUACGUAUUAUUCAGCUAGUGGUUGGAAUCAUAUGCUUGGGGUUGAGUGCCUUCGGUAUCGUGUUCCUCGUCUUUACAGGAGAUGCCUUGACGCUUUUCACCUCUAUCGCGACCCUUAUCACUAGCAUUUAUUGUCUCGUCGCGCAUUUUGGUCCCGCGAGGGCCUACAACUAUUGGGCAAUACUCGGCUUGGAUAUAUUUCUUGUCAUCUUCUGGCUGGUCUCAUUUGCAAUCCUUGCUGACCAGGUUGCCUCCGUGUUCGCUCUCUACCACUCUUAUGCUAGCUUCUAUGGCGACUACUACGACUUGAACGAUUACGAUACUGCGGUUAACACGUAUGGCGGUUGCUUAGCUGCUGCGGCGGGCUUGGGUGGUGUUGAAUUCGUGCUCUAUAUCAUCUCCCUUUCGAUCCAUGGUGUCAUGCUACAUCGACACCGAAAGGCUGGUCUCAAGGCUAUGCCCACCCGAGGGGUUGCUGGGGGAGCAGACGGAUUACCCGCCGGCGGAGAGAAGUUCCAAAUGCAACCCCGAACCACCCAAGUCUAUCAAGAACAAAACACUAUGGGUAGGCAACCUCCGCCUCUCCAAGGUUUCUAUCCAUCCCAAUCACCUCCUCCAGUUUUGUCACAGCCUACUGGCAGUACUUAUGUUCAACCCCAGCAGAUAGGGGUCCCUGGCCAGACUCAACAGUAUCCUGUGGCCUAGUCAUCUAGAAAAAACUGGUCAAUGGAGCCAGAAUGCCAUUAUUUACGGGAUAAUUCAUGGGGUAGCUAGCGCGCCACAUAGUUUCAUUCUGUGUAUGCUGA